AUGAUUCCUCCUACAGAUCAAUUGAAAAACAAUAAGAAUCUUAAUAUUCCUAAGGUCAAUGUUACAGCACCUAUCCCCAUUAAAACUCAUUCUACUUUAGGCACAAUGUCACCAAUCCCUAGAGUAACUUCACUGUAUCAAGUAAGACCUCACAUCUUUGAUAGUGAAGAAACAUUACGUUCAUUUACACCAACUACAAUCAAAAAGGUGCAUAGGGUUGCUGCAAGAAGACCAUCUUAUGGAACAAUUGUUUCUAGUAGAGAACAACAUUAUAAUUUAGAUUAUCCUAACGAUCCAGAGGAAUUAUAUAAAUUACAAUUAGAUCCAACAUCUAGAUUUUUUGCUAGAUCAAGACCAAGAACAUUGAACUUACCUAAAAUGUUACCUUAUAAAAUUGAAAGUCCCCCUGAACAAGCAAAAUUUUUAAGUCAUAUCGUAUCUCAUCUUUAUAUUGCUAUAAAGACUCUUGAUAUCCAAGGGUCUCUUUCUGUUAGUGCGAAGGACUUGGCUGCUUUAAAAGAUGCAUCUGGCCUAUCUGAUGUUGACUUGGCUUUAGAAACUAAUUUAUUCGAAAUGAACCCGACUGAUUUACAUACUGAUGAUGAUGAAACAAUGACAGAAACCGAAUUUGAGAAUUCAGAUAGUGAAGAUGAAGAAGAAGAAGAUGCAGAAGAAGAUGAUGAAGAUGGUAAUAAAGAAUCAACACAACAACAUAAAAAAUCACCCAAAUCUGCAGCUGUUGUCGGAGUAAGAACUUGGACUCAUGAGUUGAUGGUUUGGCUUAAGAUGAAGUAUGACAUGCCAAUUAGUUUAAGAUUGAGUUUAUCUAGAGUAUAUUACGCUAUAUGCCUCAGUAGAGGUCAACAUGUUAGUCUCAAGACAUAUGUCAGGGUUUUUGAAUUAUUAACUAAGGAUCAAAAAUUGUUAUAUGAUGAAGGACUAAGAUUGCCUUGGGAAAACUUAUACAAAGAAUUGAACCAUCAUUUGCCCGCAGUAGACACUGGUUUAGUACCGUUUGAAAAGAAGGAUCAUAAGCAAUUGUUAAGGUUGGCUGCAAGAGCAACAUUCUUUUUUGACAAAAAAUGUUUACCAAUAAUGUAUCAAAAGUUAGUUAGUCAAUUUUCAAUUGUUAAUUCAUCAAUGGUAGUGUCAUCGUUAGCCAUUUUACCUUCAUUCUUUACUCCAGAGGGUCCAGAUAGUGAACAUGAUAUCCGUCACUAUAUUCAUUCGUUAUUUUAUAUGUGGUUGAAAUUGAAUAGAAUCCAAGGAUUUGAUGCGCAAGUUACAUCUAGGUUAGGAGUGUUCUCAAUGGCAGCAUUUUCACUUUUAAAUGAUGACCCUUCAUCAGCAUCUUAUUUAAAAUUGGGCAAAUUUGGUUUAUAUACUAAAGAUCAAAUGGAAUUCAUGGUAAACACCUUAAUUAACAGUUUAAGCAUUAUGGAUGAAAAAUACUCCUCAAUGAAAACCAAAUAUUUCCAUGGAUUUGCUUCAGCAAUCAUCUUUUCAAUGACUGGAGAUAGUGCAUUAGAAGAAGGGGGAAUUAUUUAUUAUUUAAAGAUGUUAGUAAAUGCUAUUGAAAGUUAUAUCCAUCCAUCCAAUACUGGUGAUUGGACAAGACCAAUUUCUAAAUUAGUCAUUGCAUUAGUUUAUCAAUUUCAUAAAAGAUAUAACUCCGAAACUCAAACAGAUGGAUUUAAUCAUCACAUCCCUGAAGAACUUAAACUUUCUAGAAAAGUCGUUAAAGAAUUCGUUUCAGUUUUCUUACCAGUUGUUAAAAUCGGUAUUCAAUCGAAAAAGACAAAUGCGACAGAAGAUUACCUUUCUACAUUACAAUUAUUAGCAUUUUUAGAACCAGAAUUAGUGCUUGAGAAUACACUUUUGGAUAUUUAUGAAUCUUUGGAAGGGGUAAUUUCAACCCAUAGAGUUUCAAUUGCACUUAGAUCCAUUGAUACAUUAUCUAGAUUCUUUGUUUCCACCCCAAUAUAUCGUGUACACGUUACUAGAUUAUUACUGUUGGCAUUACCCGGUAUAGAUUCCAAUGAUUUAGAAAAGACAAUUCAAACCUUUGAAGCAAUUGCAUCUGUUGCCAACUAUGCACCAAUUUAUGAUUUAACUAAUGGAGAUGGAAAUCCAACCUUUGCUCUUGAAUUUACUCAGGAUCAUUUAGAAUAUCUAAAGAGAAAAAUGUAUGAUGGUGAUAUGGAAGAGUUUCAAGUUGAUAAAGAAACCGAAAUUGAAGCAUUAAAAUCCUCAACAUCGGCAUUUUUGGAUUUAUUGAAAAGUUUGACUCAAAGAUUAACAUUAUUAUUGGAAAAUUUACCAGAUCCUUCCAAAAGUAAUGGAAUUGAACAUGAUUUAGCCACUUCAUUACCAAAAUUCUUUUAUAUCAUUUUUGAAUCUACUUCAGAUGACUUAAUUAAACGAUUUGAAGAAGAUUUCUUUGAAUUUAUAUUCAAUAAUACUUUCCAUACAAUUGCAAAUGUGGUUGGAGAAAUUGCCGGUGGGAUAAUUAAACGAAAUCCAAAAUCUUUCAAGAAAAAUGCCAUAAUUCUCAUGGAAAAGAUCAGACAAGAAAUUGAAGAAAAUGGUGCUGGUGGUUCAAGAACUGGCGUAGAUAUUGUUCCACGUGAUCAGAGUUUAUAUUGGAAUUUAACAAUUUUGAAUGAAUGUAUUGGAAAUGCCGGUGAACAACUUGUGGAUAUGGCAGAAGAAUUCACUGAGUUAUCUUAUUUCUUAAUGGAGAAGGUUAGAGGGCCGGUUGUUUUUGCAAGUACUUUCUUAGUUAAUCAAAUCUUACAAUCGGUGACUAAGAUUAGAAUUAAGGAAUGUAGAUUGAUUGCACCUGAGUAUGAAAAGAGGUAUGGUGUGACUGAGAAAUGUUGGGGUGGAUUCUGGAAUCACGAAGAAAGAUUUUCAGAAGAGAAUACAACUUUUGAUUGGUUUAUUCCUACUGAGAGAGAAGUUUCAUUUGCGAUUGAAGUUUUUAAUGGUCAUGCAACUAAAGCAUUAGAAAAUAUCACGAAGUUAAUGAAUGAUUUUGAUAAAGAAGAAGCAAAAGAUGUUAAAUCUUCUAUGAAAACAACUGAUGAAUUGAGAAUGAAUUUAUUAUACUUGUCGUAUUCAUUAUCUGGUGUUUCAUACUUGUUAGAUCCAUGUUUUGAAGAAGAUAUUCCAAAAUUAAGUUCUGAAUCAGUAUCUAUUCAACAACGAUUAUUAUUAUUAAAAAGAAUCAGAGCUCUUAAAGGAGUUUCCACUCAGAAGGAUGUAUUAUAUGAAGAAAAUGUUCUGGAAAACAUGUCAAGAAUCAUGAAUGAUUUGAGCAAUGAGGAUUUAAUUGAUUAUAUGGUUGAAUUUGACAAGAUUAAUGAAUAUUUGAAUGAACAAGCAGAACAAGAGAAUGAAACUGGUAUCGGUAAAGACGAUAUGGAUGAUGCCCGUCGACCAAAAUCACCAAAGUCUCCAGAUUCAACUGAUCAUGGGCAUUUAUUUUCAAAGUUUUCAGGACAUUCUAUAGAUAUAAGUAGACCACAAUCUGUUGCUCCAGGGUUUGAUGAAUCAGGGAGAGAUACGCCCCUGAUUGAUGGUGUUCAUAUGUCAAGUAUGAAUCCUGCAAUUACGUUCAGGGAAAGAAGUUUAUAUACUUCGAAUUAUUUCUUUGGUAAUGAUACGGAACAUCGUAAAUUCCGAGAUUUGUAUUUAAAGAUUCAUAAGACCAGACAUUUGAUUGGAAGAAGUUUGCACGUUAUUUUCAAGUUUUUGGUUGAUAAUUUUAGAGAUAAUACUAAAGUAUUUAAGAAUUUCUUAUAUGUUGUGAAUAUUUGGUUUUCGAAUGUUGGAAGAGAAAGAACCCUUGAUCCAAGUCAUGCUAGAAUCAGUUAUGGAUAUGUCAGUUAUAUCCAAACUAUCAAUAGAAUAAGAAAACCAUUUACAAGAAUUGCUAUUGGAGCAAGGUUGGAAGCUUAUCAUCUGUUUAGAGUUGCAUUGCAUGCUACUUCAAGAACUGAAACUAAUUUGGAUAAGUUAUUGUUAGAAGAUGUAGUUAAAUUAUCAGUUUCUACAUAUUCAAGUAUUGCCCAAAAUGCCCAAGGGAUCUUAAUUGAUGGAAUGAAGAGAUUGAAUGGAUCAUAUAACUUAAUUAUCAAAUCAGCAUUUAAAUACUUGAACAAAGCAUUAGAAGCAGGUGAUCAUAAGAAGAUCGAAAGCGGUUUGAGUAUUUUUACACUUCGAAAGAUUAGAUCUAAGGUCCAAAAUGAUUUCUUUAAUGUUCAAAAAUAUGUGGAAUUAUUACAUCGUUGUUCUGCUGUUGAUAAUGUGGAAGUCCAUUCUAUGGCCCAGUCAUUAUUUAGUGGUAUCACGAAAUCUAUCACUCCACCAAGUAGUGUUUGUAUUCUUGACCAUGAUGCUAUCGACACAAUCAGACCUCCUGAUCAAUUCAUUGACUUGGAAAUUAAAGCUGUUAAGUUGGCCAAAGAAAAGAAGAGAAAGCUUUAUUUUGAAAAAUUGGAUAAAUUACAAGAAAAGGUUUUAGAACAUGAAAAGACGAAUAGUCAUUGGAAGACUACAUUGUUGAAUUUGGAUUUAUUAGUUAAUAUUCAAGCAUAUUUGGAAGUUGAUACAAGAGGCGACACUCUACAAUUAUUAUCCAGAGCCGCAUCGACUGAGCAUCCUACGAUUUCAAGGCUUGCCUUGAAAGGUAUGACCAGGAUUAUCAAUAAGUUAACAGUUCUUCAUGGAUUUGAAUAUGAGUUUGAAAAAGCAUAUGACUUGUAUUAUAUCCCCAAGAAUUUGAAAGUUCUUGAUACCAAACCCCAUAAUGGUGUUUCUUAUACUGAAACUUGGAAACAAGAAAUGAAAAAUACCGAACAUCCUAAUUUCUAUGUUGAUCAUAAAGCCAACACCGGUUGGUUAUUCUGGGAUGAAAAGAUGUUGGCAAUUUCCCAAACACCAUUCUAUAAACUUAAUUUGAAAGAGAAUGACGCACAAGCAUUAUUAGGUUUCACGAAAACUAUUAAUAGAGAUUGGUUCCUUAGAAUUGUGAAAUUAUGGGUAACUGAUAACGAUGCCAAUUCUGCUUUCCAAGGUACCGAUGUGUUUGUGACAGCCGCAUUAGUUUUAUUGAUUUCAAAUGAUUAUACACGCAACUUUUCCUAUGAUGAUUUAUUAAGUGUUGUUGAUGCCAUUUAUGUUUCUGAUGAUAAGAGUGCACAUAUUGUUACAUGUGAAUUAUUAGCUGGGAUUUUAUUAGGAUCAAAAUUCAUGGAUCCAGAAUAUAGUAAGAAACGUGACGAUUUUGUAUGCAGUUAUUUAAGAAGAGUUCUUAAUCAAGAUUUAUCACCCGAUACAAUGGGUAUUUGGAACAUUUUCGCCUGGUGGUUACCUGCACAUAUAGAUGGUAGAAGAUUUCCAAAGGUUAUGAAUGAAAUUAUUGGGUUUCAAAUUGAUCCAACUUCCGAUUCAGCAUUUAAAGAAUCUACAAGAGUAAGUUAUAUUAGAUCAACUGUAUCUUCUAUCUCAUGGAGUCUUCCUGAACCAGAUAAACUUUUAGAAUUAUGUAUUAUGAAUAUUAAUCAUAGGUAUGCUGCUGUGAGAUCACAAAUUGGUUCAUUGAUUGCUGUUUUGUCAUUCCCUUACUAUGCUGAAAAUGUUGAAAGUAGUCGAGAAUUUAUUGAACGUACUAAUAAGAUGUCCGGAUUGAUGUUAUAUGAAGGUAGUGAUCCUGGUAAGUUGUUGAAUUUGGUUCCUAGCUUGUUUAAUCAAAUUGAGAUUUGGAGACAAGAAGUUGUUGGAUUGACUCCACAAGAAAUAUUAAAAUCCAAUUAUAUCUAUACUUCAACAACAGUUUUGACAUGGUUAAGGCAGGUAUUAAGUACAAGUAUUGCUGUAUUGUUUGAAAAGUAUGUAACUACCCAUUUGGUUCCAUUUUUGCUUGAGUUAAUUCAUUUGAAAGAAGUAUGUCAAUUAGGAAGUAUUGAUCCAAUCACGGUGUUAAAGAAGGUUUCACAGAUUCCAUUUACUGUCAAACGUUUAGAUGAAAUUAUUUCAAUGUUGGAGGAUUAUUCUAAGAAGGAUUUAAAUCUCGUUCAAACAAUCGUUAUGGGUGAAUUUACAGAAACUGUCUUCUUUAAGAAUCUUUUUAAAUUAUCGAGAGGACAACGAGCAAGGGUUGUUAGAUUAACAAAUAGCUUGUUAUAUCACAAACAUGUUGGAGUUAGAGAAGCCGCGGCAUCUACAUUGUCUGGAUUAAUUCAUAUUUCCCCACCUGAUGAAGUUGAAGAAUUGGUUGUUCAAUAUAGUAAAUCUUAUGGUAAAGAAUUAGAUAAGAUUAGAAAGAUCUAUCGGAAAUCCGGAUAUAAGAACAUUAAUCAAGAAGAUUCUAUUAUCUUACAUGGAGCUACUUUGGGAUUAGGUGCGUUGGUGCAUGCAUUUGCAUUCUCAUCCCCCCCUCCAAAAUGGAUUCCGGGAAUCUUGACCACUUUGGCAAACAAAUGUACUGGUGUUCCUGGAUUAGUUGGUAAGACAGCAAAAGAAACAUUGGGUAGGUUUAAGAAAACAAGACAAGACAGUUGGCAUAUUGAUAGUAAGGUGUUUAAUGAAGAUCAAAUACAAGAUCUUGAAGGAGUACUUUGGAAGAGUUAUUUCAUUUGA